AUGUCGCAUUCUCACUCCCACGACGGUGAACUCGGCCACUCCCACGCUGCUGAGCACGGCCACUCGCAUGAGAUCCUCGAUGGACCGGGCUCGUACAUCAACCGCGAGCUGCCCCUCGUUGAGGGCCGGGACUGGAAGGAGCGGACGUUUACGAUUGGGAUUGGGGGGCCCGUGGGAUCCGGAAAGACCGCUCUGAUGCUCGCGCUGUCGAGAGCUCUCCGAGACGAGUAUAGUAUCGCUGCUGUGACGAAUGAUAUCUUUACGAAAGAAGACGCCGAGUUCCUCACCCGCAACCGCGCCCUCGCCCCCAGCCGCAUCCGCGCGAUCGAAACAGGCGGCUGUCCCCACGCCGCCGUCCGCGAAGACAUUAGCGCAAACCUCCUCGCCCUCCAAUCCCUUCAAAAGCAAUUCUCCCCGGACCUCCUCCUCAUCGAAUCCGGCGGUGACAACCUCGCUGCCAACUACUCGCGCGAGUUAGCCGACUUCAUCAUCUACGUGAUCGACGUCGCCGGCGGGGACAAAGUGCCGCGCAAGGGCGGGCCCGGCAUCACGGGGUCUGAUUUGUUGGUUGUGAAUAAGAUUGAUCUGGCGGAGAUUGUGGGUGCGGAUUUGAGCGUUAUGGAGCGCGAUGCGAGGAAGAUGAGGGAGGGGGGGCCGACGGUCUUUGCGGAGGUGAAGAAUGGGAAGAAGGGGUUGGAGCAUAUUGUGGGGUUGAUUUUGAGUGCCUGGAGGAGUACGGGCGCUUAUGAUGUUGCUGUGGAGAGGUGGAAGGCUGGGGGGGUUAGGGGGUCGGGGUCGUUGGAUGAGUAG